AUGGUUUCGCUACUCCAAGAUCAAUCCAAUAUUAAAUUUUCAUCUUCAGACACUCUGGAAAGAGAUCAACAAGACUUCAUGAAGACACAGGGGGAUUCAAUAUCCCCAGUUCAGCAAAGUGAUAAUCUCAGUUACAGCUGCCAACCAUAUGAGUCAGACGUCAGGACAGAAAGGAAGAGCUCAGAGUCUUCUCACAGCCCCAGCCCUGCUUCCCCAGCCCAGGAUCAAAUUCAUGGGAGAUACCCUACAAACCAAGGAAUUCACUGCGGCAAGAACAAAUUCAAAGCAUCUUUCAGCACAGAAAAAUUCAGGAGGUACAGUUACGAGGAAAACACUGUAGGAAACUAUGACCGGUUCCUCAAGAGCAGCAGGAACCCCUUCCACCCUUACAAGAGGCAGAUCAGCGAAGAUGUUUUCCAGGAAGCACACCAAGCCCUCCCACCAGAAGCUUCACCUUUCAAAAAUCAUAGAAGCAUCGAUGGUUUUGAGGGUCUAUCAGGAUCUACGGGUCCUGACGAGUCAGAGUCAUUUCCCACGCACAUCCCGGACAUCUCCACGGAGCAACCGUGGUGUAACAGCCUCCAGUACAGCACUACAGGUCAGGAUCACAGCUCACAAGUCAUGCAGGAUUCAGACAUGAAGCUUAGGACAUCCCCACUGGAAGGGCAGCCUGGUUUGUACUGCUACCAGCCUCAAGUGCAGCAGAUGUAUUGCCCCUCACACCCUUUCCAUCAGUAUCCCUCAGGAGGCAGCUACCCUGUGACUUACAUCGCUUCUUCACACUACCCUUACCAAAGAAUCGCUCCUCAGAGCAGUCAAGAAUCCCAGCAACCUCUGUUUCCCAAGCCCAUCUACUCCUACAGCAUCCUGAUCUUCAUGGCUCUCAAAAACAGCAAGACAGGGAGUUUGCCAGUCAGUGAGAUUUACAAUUUCAUGACGGAACACUUUCCUUACUUUAAGACAGCUCCAGAUGGCUGGAAGAAUUCUGUGCGCCACAACUUAUCUUUGAACAAGUGCUUUGAGAAAGUUGAAAACAAGUCAGGCAAUUCCUCUCGGAAAGGCUGUUUGUGGGCUCUGAAUCCAGCCAAGAUUGAUAAGAUGCAGGAGGAGCUACAGAAAUGGAAGAGGAAAGAUCCAGUUGCUGUAAGGAAGAGUAUGGCAAAGCCAGAAGAACUUGACACCCUGAUAGGCGACAAGAGCGAGAAGCUGAGAUCUUCCCUCAUGUCCUGCAGCCCGACGGGCGUUGCAGGUGCCUCACUUUCCAGGCAGAUGGCAGCCCAAUCCCAUUCCUUAUGCGAGCCCUCCCUCUCCUCCGGGAUCCCACAGCCAUUACACAGCAUCCACGCCUCGGGAGCUCUGCAUGCCAAGAACGCUUUACCCAAUUUACUGGGGGGGCAGCAGCCUCCGUGCUACACAUCCCCACAGGGCUUCCCCCAAAUCCCAAAUGCACUGAUGCAGCAGACACCGGACGCUCAGAGCCUGUUUCCUUCAGGGGAGGCUCAAAGCGAGCUCCGAACUCAGCCCAGCCUCACUCAGGACUCCCCGCUGCCGGCGCAGACCCCCCCAAACUGUGGGAUGAAGAUGCUGCCGGAGCAUUCCACAGCCAGGACAGUGCAGGACACGCUCAUGCCGGAGGGAGACCUCAGCAAUGACAUCGAUGCUCUUAAUCCAUCCCUAACUGAUUUUGAUCUCCAAGGGAAUCUCUGGGAGGAGCUAAAAGACGACAGCCUUGCUGUGGAUCCCCUUGUCCUCAUUUCAUCAUCCCCAGUGUCUUCCCAGUGUUUCCCCUCUCACUGCCAGCUGGAGAACAGCAGCAACAUCCCCAUCCCAAACGGAACUCCACAUGGAAAUGUACCCGACCUCCAGCUCACCACCCUGUACUCUGCCUUUAUGGAAUUGGAUACAGUGUCUCCUGCCUACCUAAGUAAUCCUGGAUCCAAACCUAUAGCACUGAUGUGA